AUCUGCUACUUCAGCGCUGCGACGGCGGAGACGUGGCGCUCGGAUUACAAGGACUUUGAUAAGAAGGAUCUGGGGUUGGAGCUGCCGGACUGGCCCGGGGAGCGGUACCUGGACAUUCGGAGGGAUAACGUGCUCAAGGUGAUCAAGAAGCGGAUUGAUCUUGCGGCGGAGAAGGGAUGUGAUGCGAUUGAGCCGGACAACGUCGACGUCUACUCCAACGAUAAUGGCUUCACGCCGCCCAUCCUCCCGUCGGACACCAUAUCCUACCUCUCCAAAAUCUCCGCCUACGCCCGCUCAAAAGGCAUGUCCGUGGGGAUCAAAAACUGCAUCGAGAUCCUCGGCGACAUCUUCGACGACGUCGACUUCGCCAUCAGCGAGGAGUGCGUGCAGUACCUCAACUGCACCGUGUACUCCAACUUCACCACCGCGCCCCGUCCCAACACCAUCGGCAAACCUGUCUUCGAGGUC